UCAAAAUUUAUUUCAUUUCAGGGGUUGGAUAUUUCAAUCGUGGAAGUGACAAAGCGAACACCUACCAAGUUGUUAUUUCAAGUGACGGUAUGGAAACAUUUGUUGAAUUUUUGUAUCCAGAAGAUGGCAUCCAAUGGAUUCAAGGAACGGGCGAUGAGUCCGGGUUACCAGAUGCUAGAGCACAGGCAGGAAUAAUAUCUCCGGAAGGGGACAUAUUUUCUUUACCUGGGUCCGGAACAGAACAAGUGAAUAACCUGGAAAAGUGGUCCAAUAUGGGUCUUGAAGGUCAAUAUAUUUUCAAGGUAGAUGAGUUGGAAGUUAUUGAACCCGAUACUAACUUUGACACGAAAAAUACUGGUCCACCUCAGACUUGCAGGGAGGCUUCAACUUAUUGCCACGUCCAAGCUAAAUGCAAUGACUAUGAUGAAGGAUUCUGCUGCGAAUGCAAACCAAAAUACUAUGGGAAACGGGGCGACUUCAUUGAAUCCA